AUGGCUCAGUUUGCACAGGUCAUGGCUGAAGUGGGCGACUUUGGAUGCUUUCAGAUGCGGGUGGCCAUCCUGAUGGGUAUCCCCAAUUUCCUGUCUGCAUUCUUCGUGUUUAGCCAGGUUUUCAUGGUCCUUGAUGAGGCCCACCACUGUUCAGUGUCCUGGGUUAAGAACCACACUUUCAACCUAAGUGUGGCUGAGCAGCUGGCUGUAAGCAUACCCAACAACACGGCAGGCCAACCCGAGUCCUGCCUCAUGUUCCGGCCACCUCCUGAUGGUGCCAGCCUGGAAGACAUCCUGAGCCACCGCUACAAUGACACGCAGGCCUGUGACUCAGGCUGGGACUAUCCUGAGAAUAGGCCUCAGUCCCUAAAGAAUGAGUUUGACCUGGUGUGUGAUCGGAAUAACCUGAAAAGGACCUCUCAGUCGGUGUUCAUGGCUGGACUCCUCGUUGGGGCCCUGGUCUUUGGGCCCAUCUGUGACUGGCAAACAGGCAUGGGGUUGGUGAGCAUCUUCGCCAGGAUCAGUGGCAUCAUCACACCCCUUGUGAUGCUACUGGAGCAGUACCACCAUGCGAUUCCCAUGAUCAUCUUCGGCAGCCUCCCCAUUGGUGCAGGCCUACUGUGUGCUCUGCUGCCUGAGACACGGGGACAGACCCUGAAAGAUACCCUCCAGGACCUGGAGCAGGGGCAUCCCACACGGUCCCACAAAACAACACCCCAAAGAAAAGACAUGGAGGCUACAGGAAGAACUUCCAGUGCGAGGACAGCUGUCAUGCGCAGCUCAUACUUCUGA